GCGCGACCCGUCACUGAGCAGCAGCCCCUCCGCACGCACACCCCGGCCGAGCAGGGCCCGGCCCCGCCUCCGCCUCCGCCCGGGGCCAGCCGUCUCCCUGGGUGGCCCGGUUAUUCUGAAGCGUGGCUGUAACUUGCGGAGAGGGAGUCCGCGCGGCCGGGGCCAGGGCUGAGCGGUCUCCGGCCGCUCCGUGCCGCGGCGGGACGGCAGAGGGGCCUGCCUGAGUCACGUGGCGGUACUUUCCCGAUUCCCCACUGCGGGUCGGGUGCCGCCUGAGGCCUAGCUUCGGCCGGGGUGGCGGUGCCAAGGCAUCGGACUUCUAAGUCUGAGAAAGCAGGUCUCAAAACUUCAGGUUUCAGGGGAGCAGCUGUGUUAGUCUGCAUUCGCAAAAAGAAAAGGAGGACUUGUGCCACCUUAGAGACUGACAAAUUUAUUUGAGCAUAAGCUUUCGUGAGCUACAGCUCACUUCAGUGGAUGCAUUCAGUGGAAAAUACAGUGGGGAGAUUUAUAUACACACAGAACAUGAAAAAAUGGGUGUUAUCAUACACACUGUAAGGAGAGUGAUCCCUUAAGCUGAGCUAUAACCAGCAGGAGAGUGGGGGCGGGGGAGAGGGGGAAGAAGACCUUUUGUAGUGAUAAUCAAGGUGGGCCAUUUCCACCAGGAAACGUCUGAGGAGCAGUGGGGAGGAAUAAACAUGGGGAAAUAGUUUUACUUUGUGUAAUGACACAUCCACUCCCAGUCUCUAUUCAAGCCUAAGUUAAUUGUAUCCAGUUUGCUAAUUAAUUCCAAUUCAGCAGUCUCUCGUUGGAGUCUGUUUUUGAAGUCUUUUUGUUCUAAUAUUGCAACCUUUAGGUCUGAAAUCGAGUGACCAGAGAGAUUGAAGUGUUCUCUGACUGGUUUAUGAAUGUUAUAAUUCUUCACAUCUGAUUUGCAUCCAUUUAUUCUUUUACGUAGAGACUGUCCAGUUUGACCAAUGUACGUGGCAGAGGGGCAUUGCUGGCACAUGAUGGCAUAUAUCACAUUGGUGGAUGUGCAGGUGAACGAGCCUCUGAUAGUGUGGCUGAUGUGAUUAGGUCCUGUGAUGGUGUCCCCUGAAUAGAUAUAUGGACACAGUUGCCAACUGCACAUCUACGAAUGUGAUAUAUGCCAUCGCUGUAUUUUCCACUGAAUGCAUCCGAUGAAGUGAGUUGUAGCUCACGAAAGCUUAUGCUGAAAUAAAUUGGUUAGUCUCUAAAGUGCCACUAGUACUCCACUUCUCAAAAUGUUCUCCUCUAAUGGGUGGGGUGGUUGCGCGCUGGAUGGAUAAACAGGGUUCUCCCAUGGAGACAGCAGCGUGACUUUAGAAGUGGUUCCAGGCGAUGCAUGUGUUGCCUAUGUUCAUGGUGACACUGCCUCGCAAUAACACUGAAAUGCAUCACAUCUACAACGUGCUUGAGUUUGGGUAUUAUGAUUAUGCUACAUUAAACUUGAACAUCCUUUAUAUGCAACCUGAGCUGUUUCAUGGAUUUUUAUGUGCUGUUAAAGAGGAAAGUUACUGUGACUGUCAGAGGGCACAAUGCAGAACCCUUUAAAUCUUUUUGAAGAUAAACGGAAAUCCUCUUCUGGGAUAAUAAGAAGUGGAAAUGGUUUUCAGAAUAAAAGUCAGUUUAGGACAAUUGCACCAAAGAUGGUACCCAAAGUUAUAACAUCAGGGGUGUCUUGUCUUCCACCUGUUCUUCCUGAACAAACAAAUCCUAUUUCAUCUGCAAGCUCUAAAUCACUUAUAAUGCCAACACAAAACUAUACUCUAAUGCAAGUUGCUGGUCGUGAGGGAACUUUUUCUCUUGUAGCUUUGCCACAUAUUACCCCUUCACUGGCAGCACAACGAAUCCAACGAUCAAAUGUGUCCCCUCCUGAAAACCUCAAACUACCUAUUCCUAGGUAUCAAUCUGUAAAAAAUAAAUUGUUGAUUGACAAAAAAACAAUUCAAACCUCUUCUUCAAGUGCACAUAACAAGAUUCCUACCAAGGCACAAAUUUCAUCACAGACACCAGCAAUGACUACUUCAACUGGAGACCUUCCUGAAGCUCAUUCUACUACAGAUUCAUCUGAACAAGUUAUUUUAAUUGAUCAUGGGUCUACUGAAAUUACAGUUGCUACUUUACUCAGUGAAAACAACUGUAUAGAAUCUGUAUCUCCUUUACUAAACAAAACAGAAACUGCUGAAGAUAGUAUUUCGGGACCAAUGAAUGCAAGAAAUCCUGUGAAAAUAAAUCUACAUUCCAUGAAAUCAACUACUGAAGCCACAAAAGGCUCACUCAUACUGUCUGAGAAACUUAAAGAAAAACUGGUGAAUUCUGCAAAUUCUGUCACUGUCCUGUCACCAGCAAUAUUUGGCAAUGAAGUUCAAUUGACUCACUCUGCACCAAAAGGAAAAAUUCCUAUUUUGCCAUAUUCAAGAAUGAAAAAUGCAAUGUUCUGUAAACCUAAACAAAAUUUUAACACUGUGGCUGCAUCUACUCCUGGGCGAAGACCUGAAUGUGAAAAAAUACCACCUUUGGUGAAAACCUUUAAUGUUUCUACCAGAGUUUAUGAUAAACUACUAGCGAUAUCUUUUGCACAAAUUUCCAAACAAGCCCCCUAUGAAAAUACCUUCAGUCCAGCCACUAAACUGGAUGUUGAUAAUCUAAAGAAAUUGAAUGGUGUAGCCUCUAAGAGAAGAGGCAGAAAACGAAGAACCCCAGAUGAUAUAUUGGCAUUUCAGACCAAAAGAAGAAAGUGCAUCAUUAAUAAAUUUAGAGAGGGUAAAGAGAGAAUAAAAGUUGAUCCCCGUGAAUCAAAAGAUUGUAGGGCUGAGUCAGUGACAAAAUACCGUAGUAUCAGACCAAAACCUGUAGUUGUUAUGCAGGCUUUAGCUCCACUGACUUCUCCUGCGGCUAUAAUAGAAACUCAUACUCCUGACUGCAUAGAACAAGACAUUUUCUUAAAUGAUCCACUUCCAAAUAAAUAUUUAAGUUAUGAGCAGAGUGAUGGCACUUCUGCUAAACAAAGUGAUCUGUGUAGAAAUGUAUUUUCUACUGUACCUAAGCCAUGGCAUAAGUGCCAUGUCUGUAACCACAACUUUCAAUUUAAACACCAUCUUCAGGACCACAUGAACUCACACACAAAUAGACGGCCUUAUAGUUGUCGAAUUUGCCAUAAAGCAUAUGUUCAUUCAGGAAGCCUAAGCACUCACAUGAAGCUUCAUCACAAUGAAGGUAGACUCAAGAAACUUGUGUGUUGUGAGUUUUGUGCCAAAGUAUUUGGCCAUGCAAGAGUAUACUUUGGCCAUCUGAAGGAAGUACACAGGGUUGUUAUCAGCACCAAGCCCUCCACAAGUGAACAGCAGCUGCAAGAUGCUUUAAAGAAUAGAGACAUAAAUAUAAAAGGAGCAGAAGAAAUAAUAGAAAGGGGAAAUAAAUGCAAUUUUGAAGAUUUAUUUCAGAGUCAAGGAGAAGUCAAAUUGCAGAUCAAUUGUGGCAGAUGCCAGUUUACUGCACAGUCUUUUGCUGAGAUGAAGUUUCAUUUGUUCCGUUUUCAUGGAGAGGAGCUCCAAGGAAGAAUAAAAGAAGGAAUUCUACAGGGAGGCAAGGGCGCUCAGGAAGAACUAAUCAAACAUGCAGCUCAUUUCUGGAAGCAGCACAAAGAGAGACGAAAUCCAGUCAAACAUGGCACUUGUGAGGAAGAGUUUUAUGCUUUUCCAAAACUGAAAAGGAAAAUAUAUCUUCACCAAAAUAAUUUUGAUAUAUUAACUAAAAGUGAGCUUAUUCCAUCAGGUAACAAUGAACCAGGAAAGGAGUUGCAAAAUUUUGGCUGUGCCACACAAAAUAAAAAAAUUCAAAUUUGGUGUAAAGCUGAUUAUAACUGCAUUUUAUGCAAGCAGGUAUUUAGAAGAAAAGAGGAGCUUUUCAGUCAUUGGCAGAAUCAUCAUAAUUGUGAAGACCCCUCUCUUCUUUGGACUAUUUUUAAUUCAUUCUCCAAACAGGGAGUUAUUGAACUUUCUAAUAAUGCUGAAAAAUGAAGCAUUGGCAAAAUUCAGCUCGAAAAGUAUUCCGUUUCCAAGGUUACUGAUUUAUUUGUGUCUGAUUUGCAAUGUCACAAAAAUUUACAGUUAAUUCACUCAUUCUCUUUGGUGAUCAGUUGCAGUGGUUUUACGUGUAGUUUAGGUUUGUUUGCUGAAUACAAAACUGUUAAUUCUCACCAUAGGCCUUUUCAGAUAUAUAUAUAUACACACACAGAGACUCACACAAGCCUGUUAUAUAAUGCCAUACUAAGGUUGAUGCACAAGGACCUUCACAGAAACAAGUAUGCAGAAUGUAAGAGGUUGAAAUUAAGAGGAAAAAGGGAGGAACUGAUAUUAUAUUAUGCUGUACUCAGAUACAUUAAUGUGUGCCCUUUAUAAAGUAAUGGCACACAAAUGCUCUUCUUGUACAGAAUGACAAACCAGACUGAAAAUAUAAUUUUCAGUCUUAACAGUGCCUCCAGAUUUUAUGGGAAAUGUAUAUAUGCAUACAGUUCUCUGGGUGCAUGUUAAGAUUUACUGUACAUGCUUUUUUAUGCUUAUAAAUAUGGAGCAUAGUUGUACACUGGGACAAUAGAAAACCACAAGAAAAAAUAUUAAUGAACUCCAAGGAGCUCCUAUGGAUUUCUUUAGAAGUCUUCAGAACUUAAGCUUUCUUAAAAAAAAAAAAAAAUUGAUAUUCUGAUUAUAAAGAUAACCUUCACACUGCUGGCUCUUUGAUUCCUUCUGCACUAACAAUCAAGGUUCUAAGCCUUGUUUAAAGUUUGUUGUGACCAAAUGGGGUUCCCAUAUUGUUUGGCCAGCCAAUGUACACACAGCCUAAAAGUUGUGUUUAUGCUACUGUGAGCUAAAACUUUGUCUACACCUAGACUCUUUUAGGGACACUAAUGUAGAUGGCUUAGGUACUCACUGCUUUGUUGUCUAACAGUGCUCGAAGGAGGUAAGAUGACACAAUGAUCAAAAUACUGGUGCUCCUUUUACCCUAUUGCUUCUUCCAUUUCUACCAUCUGUCGAGCUGUACCUGUGGUAGUGCAGUGACGGAAGAAUUAUCAAUAGAAAGUCUGCGGUAGGCACAUACGACUUUGCUAAAACUCUGAAAAGUCCAAGACUUUAGCCUGGUUAUGGGAACAUAGGAAGAUAGGACCUAAAAAAUGUUGGUUUCUCAUAAGGGGAUCCUGGAAGAUAUUACAUGAUUUUUCUGUAACAUCAGUAAAAGUUUGAUAAGACGAUAACUUUUGAAUGACAUUCCUUAUCCUGUAAUGCUGUUCGGUGUUUAAGUAUGAGACUGGAGCCAAAUAAAAUAGAAAAAAAAAGGAAAAAUCUCAGAAACUGCAGUCGUUUGAGGAGAGGGAAAAAAUCCCUGUAGAAUUUGACAGUUUCCCUCCAAAUUCCCAUUGAUUCAAAUGCUUGGUUGUUUCAUUACUUUAAUUUUUAUCAGAAAGAUACUAUUUUCAUAUGCCAGACUAGUUCUGAAAUACUAUAUAUUUUAUGUUCUGGUGGGUUGUUUUGAUGACCCGUAAAUCUCUACUGCCUGGAGAUAUAAAAACUGUUCAUACUCUGAUGCUAACAUGUGUAUUCAUAUUGUACCUUUCACAUGUACUCUUACUGAAUAGGUGAAGUAAGCAUGUGAAGAACAUUUAGAAAGGAAUACUUUUAAAGUUGAAUGUUUCUUUUCAAACAAGGAGUAUAUUUCAUUAAGUACAGUGUAUUUACACUAAGGCCUGGUCUACACUGGGGGGGGGGGGUCGAUCUGAGAUACGCAACUUCAGCUAUGAGAAUAGCGUAGCUGAAGUCGACGUAUCUUAGGUCAACUUAGAAUCACUUACUUCACGUCCUCGCGGCGUGAGAUCGACGGUUGCCACUCCCCCGUCGACUCCGCUUCCGCCUCUCGCCCUGGUGGAGUUCCGGAGUUGACAGCAGAGUGAUCGGGGAUCGAUCACUACCCGCCGAUCCGGUGGGUAGCGUAGACGUGGCCUAAGAAGUAUUCUGUCUUGAAUUAGCAUGUUUUCAUUGAGAAGCACACUUCUGAAUUAGCCUUUGCUAAUUUUCAAAUUCAAACUGCUUAGAGUGGUUUCUUUGAGACUAAAUUCUAGAAUAUAAGAAUAAUCCCUCUAGUUAUGUAGUUAAAACACAUCAAAGGAAAUUGUGUAAAACUCAUGUUUUGUUUUCAUUAAAUAAUAUUUUAAAGUUGUUACAACCAUGUCAUAUUUAAAAGGACAUUUGUUUUAAUUUUUUUGUCCUCCCUUUGUUUUAAGAUCUAGCCAAAACCUUGCAAAUAAAAAAAUCUUCAUUUC